UCGAUCUGUCAGAUUUUUGUUUAGGGUAAACCACUGAAUGGCAUUUGGACUGUUUUAACCUAAACGUUUAUUAUCCCUUGGAUUUCGCAGAGAAAUAAAUGUUUUUUGAGCGUCGUCCGAGAUGGCAAACGACAGGGAAAUCUUGAGGGAGAUUUGGGAAGGUAAAAUACCGGUUCGAUUUACCCUGUAUCCGGACGAGGUGUACGAACUGCAGCAACCAGAUGAGUUCUACUUGAUGGUGCCCAGACUGAGCUAUUUUCCAUUAGUUAUCGAUAAGGUCAAAAAGCAUUUCAUUAGGUAUGUGAGCAAUGAUAAGAAUGAUCAGGAGAUGUGGCUGGAGUAUGAUGGGCAACCAGUCAAGUGGCACUUCCCCAUUGGUCUUCUCUUCGAUCUCCUGGUUGGUACAGGUCCAGAUUUAGGGUUGCCCUGGCACAUUGUUGUACACUUUGAGAAAUUCCCAGAGACACAAAUCUUUCGUCUCAACAGCAAAGAUCUGGUGGAGGCACAUUUCAUGGCUUGCCUGAAAGAAGCUGAUGUUCUCAAGCAUAGAGGCCAAAUAGUCAGUAGCAUGCAGAAGAAGGAUCACAAUCAGUUGUGGUCAGGGUUGCAGAAUGAUAAGUUUGAUCAGUUCUGGGCUGUGAACAGGAAGCUGAUGGAGGUGUCAGGUGAAGUUGAUCAUUUUAAAUACAUUCCAUUCAGAAUAUACGAUAUAGAAGGUUUCUAUAAGCAGAAGCUUGUGAAACCUGUAUCUGAUGAGGGCCAAAGGAAAACGCUAAACGACUUGCUGAUGGAAAUGUAUCCGAAGAGGGCGACGUCGGUCAAAGUUCUCACGCACGGCAUGUUCCCGCCCCUGAACACGCCCCUCCAAUGGAUGUCCGAACAUCUCAGCUAUCCCGACAACUUUCUUCAUCUGUGUCUAGUCUGAGUCUCAAAAUCUCUAUCCGAAGGAACACGAAUGCGACUUUUGUUUUAAAUGGAUUUUAAACGUUGAGCUUAAAGUAUUAAGUGUAAAAAUUCUCCUACAUACUAAGGUGUCCACUAUUAUUGUUAUUUUUAUUUUUUGUUAUUAUUUUUCGAUUUUAACCCGAACAAAUUUUGAAGAAUAAG